UUGUUUUAUUUAUUUUGACGCGAAUGCACAAAUUACUGAACAUUUAGAAGAAGGAUGUUUCUGCAUUAUUUCCUCUUGUAUUUCGUGUGCUAUUCUAGUUUUGCAUCGGGAAGUAUUUUGCAACUUAAAGACGAAAACUUUGCUAAUGAAAUAAGCAAUCAUGAAAAUGCUCUUGUGUUGUUUUAUGUCCCUUGGUGUCCCCACUGUCAAAAAUUCCUGCCGAAAUUCUCGGAAGCUGCAGAAAAAUUAAAAGACAACAGCCGUCCGAUUUCUUUGGCCAUGGUUGACUGUGAAAAUGAUGGUAAAGAGACUUGUAAUAAAUACGGAGUCGAGGAAUUUCCCACAAUGAAGAUUUUCCGCAACGGCAAGUUUUCGAAGGAGUAUGAGGGUCCAAGAGACCCUCCAGAAUUGGUUAAAUAUGUGAAAGCGCAACUUGAGGCUACUUCCCUGGAACUAAACACUGUUGAGGAGCUCGAGGAUUUUUUAUCUAAAGGUCAUGUUUCUCUCGUUGGUUUUUUCGAAAGCGAUUCUUACAUCAAGGUUGUUUUCUUCAAAGUUGCUGAAAAAAUGAAACACCAGCUGAAAUUUGGGCAUUCCACUUCUGAAGCGGUUAUGGAAAAGCAGGGAGUCGUUGACGGGAUUGUGUUAUUCCGACCGGCGUAUUUGAACAAUAAGUUUGAAAAUAACAGUGUUGUGUACACUGGGGAUGCUGAAACUGAGGACAUUGUCCAGUUUAUUAAAAGCAACUACCAUGGAUUGGUGGGACACCGAAGACAUGGCUUCACGGAAGACUUUACCUUGGACCCUUCUGUGAGUGUUUUCUACUCUAUUGAUUAUGUGAGGAAUGCUAAAAGGACAAAUUACUGGCGAAAUAGGGUUCUACAAGUUGCAAUCAAAUACAAAGAUCACUUCCAUUUUGUUAUUUCUGAUAAAGACGAAUUUAAAGAAGAACUCAAGGUUCAUAAUCUUUAUCAAGCUAAUAUGACAAAACCUGUCGUUUUGGCAAUGAAUUUCAGAAAAAGGAUAUUCAAGUUGAAAGAACCGUUUUCUGUUGAGGCUUUUGAUAACUUUCUCAGAAAUAUUCUUGAGGGGAAAUUGGAUCCAGAAGUGAAAAGCGCACCUAUCCCUAAAAACAACACAGGAAAUGUUACAAUUGUUGUCGCUAAAAACUUUGACGAACUUAUUUACAACAAUAAAAAAGAUAUUUUUAUUCUAUUUACCGGUCCUGGAUGUGAUGAAUGCAUCCUAGUUGAAGGUCCCUUUGAAGAACUUGGGGGAUUAAUGAAAGGCGAAGAUGUUGAAGUUUUCAAGUUUGAUAUUAUGAAUAAUAGCAUGCCACAAGAAUUUCCUCUUAAUGGUUUUCCUGCUAUUUUUUUCCUCCGCAAGGACUCAAAAGAUGAUCCAAUUUCUUACGACGGUGAUUUUUAUCCAGAAGAUUUCGUUAAAUUUAUUGCCAAACAUGCCACUAAUGAACUUAAAGGAUUUUACAAAGAUGGGAAACCGAAAACGGUGAAGACUGAACUCUGAGCGGAAAUGGACUCAAUUGACAUGUUUUGUAUUACAAUUUCUUGCAAAUACAACGGCCUCAAUAUUUUUUUUAAA